AUGAGUAACGACGAUCAGUUGGCAAUUGAUACACAUGUGCUAAGCGAUAAAUCAGCAGAGCUACAAGAAGAGGGUAGUGUCGAUAUCAGUAUUAACGAUGUCAAAGGACAACAUGCCUCCUUGGUGGAAGAAAAGAUAGAGGCUAAUGUCAGUGAAGAUCUUCAACCUAAAGAGAGCACUACAGAUCUUGCUGAUGAUCAACAGGACGCUAAUGCUCCUACUAUUCAAGAUAACUCUCAUCAUUCACAUCCACAACAAUAUAACAAUGACGAUGAAUCGUUAUCAAGUGGAAGCGGCAAGAAGAUUGUCAAAUUUUCCGAUGAAAAUUUAGUUUCUGGUGUUGCUGAAGUGAAGGAUCCUUUGAUUGCAGCUUCUGCUACAACCGCCAGCGAGAUGAUAUCAGCUUACCGACAAAGUUGUGCUAAAUUAAGAGUUAAACCCAUAGAGAAAUUGAUACAGCAACUAGAGAAUAUUACUGACUUUGAUGAACCACAGGCUUACCUGAAUUUAAAAGAUGCUAGAUUAGCAGACAACAAAACGUGCGAAACACUAGAAGAAAUUUUCAAAAGAGCGAGAUGGAUCACUAUCGAUAUUGAGAAUACCAGUUUAGACGACGAGGGUGCAAUAGCUUUAUUUGAAAUGUUUGAGUACUAUCACAGCACAAUGAGAUUGAGCUGUGGUUAUAACCCGAAAAUCAGAUUACGAGGAUGGCAUGCUGCUUCUAGAAUGAUCAAAAAGACUAGUAUAGAGUACUUUGAUAUGCGCAAUACAACGUGGACCGAGCAAAGUAUACCACUACUUGCUAGAACGAUAAGGGCAAAAUCUUGUCUAUCUACCCUACAUAUGGAAAAUACCCAUGUUAGCGGCCGGCCGCUGUUCCUUUUAGCGUCGGCCUUAAAACUAAAUGAAGCAUUAAGAGACCUAUUUAUCGGAGAUAACAAACUAGUAUCAGCAGACGCUGUGCCUCUGGCGAACAUGUUAAGAUAUAAUUCUACCCUUUCAUUACUUGAUCUACGAAAUAAUAUUAUUCAGGAUGUCGGUCUAGCUCAUCUAUGCCAGGGGUUAGCUGAGCAACCACGUACUGGAGGUCUUGCAACUAUAGUAUUGUGGAAUAAUCAAAUAACUCAUUUAGGAAUGAAACAUCUCGCUAGAUCACUGCCUGAAAUGAAACAUCUAGAAACAUUAAACCUUGGUUGCAAUCGAAUUACAAACGAGGGUAUACAUAUAAUCAGGACAGGCUUGCUUAAAAACCGAUCCUUAUUACGAUUGGGAUUAAUGUCAGCAAAAAUUACUUGUCAAGGUGUUGUACCUAUUGCUGAAGUUAUCGCUGAUAAUAAAAGACUAAUCAGACUGGACCUUAGAGAAAAUGAUAUAAGAGCUGGAGGAUUAUUAGCCUUAUCUCUUAGUCUAAAAAUCAACGAAUCACUAACGAGACUUGAUAUUGAUAAAGAUCCGAAGAAAGAGCCGGGGCACGAAGUAAUGCAGCAAAGACUAUUAGCAGACAUUUAUUCAUACUGUCAAAGAAAUAAAAUGAAGGCAAGAAGAAGAGAGUACGAAAUACUCGAAAAGCAGACAAGUAGUAUUGAUAGCGAUAAAGAAGAUCCGACGCCCCAUUUUGAAAAAUUGCCCACCCAUUCAAGUCUAGAUUCUCCCAGAUUUAUUUCGCCCGAAAACCCUCAAUUCAAAGGAGAGUUUGAAUUUGAAGCUAUUACCCAUCAACUAGCUUCUGAAAAAAUGAAUGACAACAGCAAUAAUAAUGAAGUAACAGAUUCUGAUGAAAAGUCCGAUGAUUACAGUGAAUUAAAUGCUGAGGGUGAUUAUAGUCGAAAGAAUCGCCUACGAAUGUUACAUGAUAAUUCUGAUGAUGAGGAUGAUAUAGAAGGAGAUGAAGAUCAGCUAUCACGAUCUCCUGAUGACUUUGAAAAAGAAAUGGAUAAAGUAAUUGCAGAUAUUAAUUAUGCAUCUACUACUACUACUGAAGAAGAUAAAGCUAUAGGAGGUAACAUACCUUUAUAA